AUGUCAACAAGUGAAGACGUCACGUCUAUUGACCCUCAAGGUCUUGGACUAGUGCUCCUCGUCGUCACACUCUUCUUCACGCCUCUGACCGUGAUAGUCAUUGCAUUGAGAUGUGGAGUCAGACUUAAGCACAAUGUGUUUGGCAUGGAUGAUGCUCUUAUGGUUGUCGGAUGGGCUCUGUUUAUGGUUGUUGCCGGUCUUGUAUCAAAAGGAACCUAUUAUGGGCUAGGCGCGAGAGAUGAGCGACUGAACGAGUACCUUGUGGAGAAGAGUAAAAUGGUAAAGCCUUCCCAUCCAAAUUCAUUACGAUUCUCUGCUAAUUUGUCGAACAAACAGCACAUCUGGCUAUUUCAGACAUUUUACUGUUGCUCUCUAGUGUUUAUAAAGGCAUCCAUCUGCGUAACACUUCUGAGAAUCGCCGUUCUCAGAUCACACCGCAUCAUCACAUGGAUCACGCUCGCGACCUCAUGCAUCUCGACCAUCAUCGUUAUUGUUGGGUUAUUUGCGAUGUGCCGUCCUAUUAGGGCAAACUGGGAUACGAAAGCAGGGACGUGUUCCCCUCCUAUUGUCAUCACAAGCCUGAGUUACCUUGUUUCUGCUGCCGCUGUGGCUACCGACUGGGUCUGCGCUAUCUUACCUGGCUUCAUGCUCUAUAAGGCCCAGAUGAAAACAGCAACCAAGGUUUCUAUCAGUAUUAUUCUAGGCCUAGGUGUCCUGGCUUCGAUUGCGACUAUCGUCAGGCUUCCAUAUAUUAAAUUCUAUGCUGAAACCAUCGACUACCCAUACAACGUGGGAAAUAUUACGCUAUGGUCUGUUUUUGAGUCAGGAACAGGUAUAAUUGCUGGCUCUCUACCUUCUUUACGACGGCUUUUGAAGAACUGGGUCAACUUUGACUCGUCCGGUGGACACUCAUCAUCCAACGUCACACCAUAUGCGGGGGCAUUGAGGUCAACCGUGACAAAUCGAGACUGGGAGCAGUUGGAUGAUGCAUCUUCAAGUCGCAAGAUCUACGUCACAGUCGACAUGGAGAUGCAUUCC